GCAGUUAUAAGUGUGAUAGUGCACGGAAUAGAAUAUACAAGACUGUAUACUGGACCUCAUUGCUACUCCAAACUUUUCUAAAGUUCAAAUAAAAUUCUUGAUUGUUGUCACUUCUUGGAUGGGAAGCACCCAUGCUAUUCAUGAGGAUUCUGACAGUAUUUGGAGUGAAUAUAGGAGCAGAGUUUUGAAAUUCAUAGUUGUGAAAAAACGUGUGUUUUGAAUCAUCUACUCAGUAAUUUAUUGAAAGGAUUUUGAAAAAGAUGUGAUCGCUUAGGUCUCAGCAAACCUGACAACUAUGGGAAGCUUCAUGAAAUCAAGAAUGCAAGGCUCAACUCUCAGUGAUGUGAAAAUCAACUAAAAAAAGGAAAAUGUUGACCAGAAAAGAAAAUUGUACCCAAAAACUCUGCUUAGACUUCAGACUUGGCAUCAUUUUCGGAGUUUUUCUCAUCUUGAAUCCCAGUAUCUCCAAUGGGUCAUCCGAACCACAAAAUCAGGGAAUUGACGGUUACAAAGGGGCCAGUACAGAAAUAACUGAGAAAUAUCAUUGGUUACCAGAAGAUCAGAAAGCAAAAGAUGGAUUUGGAGAUAACUUACCAAGUUGGAGCAAAUGGUCAUCAUGUGAUAAAGCGACCUGCUCUCAGAAACGCUCUCGCAAGUGUAAGCAACACUCUGACACUGCUCUAUGCAAGGGAGCCAUAAUUGAGGAAAGAAGAUUCUGUUCAGACAGUCAUCAAUGCAGAACAGCCAGCGAAACUCAAAAGGGGCCAGCCAGUCUAAAUGUCAAGGGGAAAGCCAUUUUCAAAAACAUGCCUUUUCAAGUGGUGAAAAGAACAACAAAGAAAACAUUGAAAAGCAUGCCCAGUGAUGCCACAAGAAGGAAACAAAAAACAAGACGGAAAAUGUACAGCCGAUGGAGUCAUUGGACCAUGUGUAGUAAAUCAUGUACCACUCAGCGGUUUAGAUGGUGCAAAAAAGCAUCAGUUUGUGGCAACGAAGUGUUGCAAGAGUCGGCACUCUGCUACAUUGAGGGCAGCUACUGCGAGAGGUGGAUUCAAAAACGACUUGCAGAAUCGACGUCACAACAAGAACUUAUAAGCAAUACAGCAAAGAUCAACACAAUCAUUGAAAGCACUACUAAACCUCCAUCCCGUCGACCAAUGAGAGCUCCCAGAGAGGAGACAAACAAUUCGGACUGCGGAUACACUUACAACUAUUCUUCCACAUCCUCCUCCUCCUCCUCCUCCUCCUCCUCCUCCUCCUCCUAUCCGUUGGAACGAUGGAAUAUGCUGAGAAUAAUAGGAGGACGACCUUCAAGAAGAGGAAAAUGGCCCUGGCAGGUGGCAUUACUCAACAGAUUUAAGGAGGCAUUCUGUGGUGGCACCUUAAUCUCCAGCAUGUGGGUGGUGACAGCUGCUCAUUGUGUGAGGAAGAAGCUCUACAUUAGACUGGGAGAGUACGACCUCGCCAUCAAGGAAGGAUCCGAGCUGGAAUUCAAGGUUGAAAGGGCAAUAAAACACCCCUACUAUGACUCAGAAACAGUCGACAACGAUAUAGCACUUUUAAAAUUUGGCACCACUGGCAGAGCUCCUAGCGGCCAUUUGCCGAACCCCGUUUGCUUGCCACGUGGCUACCAGGCGCUUCCCCCCACCUCCACGCUUUGCACCAUCAUUGGCUGGGGAAAACGGAAGGACACUGAUCACUAUGGCACUGACAUUCUGCAUGAGGCACAGGUUCCUAUUGUAUCAACUGACGAGUGUCGUGAGGUGUAUGAAGAAUACAGAAUAACGGACAACAUGUUCUGCGCCGGUUACAGGGGUGGCCGCAUGGACUCGUGUUCAGGAGACUCGGGUGGUCCCCUGCUCUGCAGAGAGUCAGCCGACAGUCUGCGGUGGACCAUUCACGGCAUAACCAGCUUCGGGGAGGGUUGCGGCAGGAGGGGAAAGUUCGGAAUAUACACCAGGAUGUCAAACUAUGUCAAGUGGACCAAAUCUGUUAUGCGCCAGUAUUCGUAAAGGACGUCAAAAGAUACCUAACUAUUAUUAAAUUAGCUAUUUAAGAC